UUAAGUAAAGGGUUUUAGGAGGAGGACCUGUAGUGACGUGCGCUUUUUGUUGCUCUGGGUAUAAAGUCGCGUUUUCACCUCUACCGCUUUUGCUUUGUACCGGUUUACGACUUACGAUUAAUAUGCAGCUCCGACUGCCCGCCGUGGCGGUGGUGGUGAUGUGUGUGUGUGUUUUCUUUCUUCUCCCGAACGCCGCCGUCGCGCAUAAUAUCACUCAAAUUCUCUCGAAGCUUCCAGAGUUCUCCACGUUUAACCACUACUUGACGGUUACGCAGCUGGCGCCGGAGAUCAAUCGGAAAGAGACAAUAACCGUCUGCGCCGUGGACAACGCCGGAAUGGCGGAUCUACUCGCGAAGCGCCUCUCGAUCGGAGCUAUUAGGAACGUUCUCUCGCUCCAUGUUCUCCUCGAUUACUUCGACGCGAAGAAGCUCCACCAGAUCACCGACGGAACCGCCGUCGCCGCCACGAUGUUCCAGGCCACCGGCGCGGCGCCAGGAUCCUUCGGUUUCGUCAACAUCACCGAUCUCAAAGGUGGAAAGGUCGGUUUCUCACCGGACGACAAUAACGGCGUCGUUUCGGCGACGUUCGUCAAGUCUAUCGAAGCUGUACCGUACAACAUAUCUGUAAUCCAGAUUUCUUCUAUCUUACCUUCUCCGGAGGCGGAGGCGCCGGCGCCGGAGCCGAGCCAGAUGAAUCUGACUGCUCUUAUGUCCGCUCACGGUUGCAAAGUCUUCGCCGAGACGCUGUUGGCGAACCCGGCGGAACAAACGUUCGAGAGCAACGUCGAGAGCGGAUUAACCGUAUUCUGCCCCGGCGACGACGCGAUGAAGAGCUUUCUGCCGAAAUACAGGAAUCUAACCGCCGGCGGUAAGCAAUCCUUGCUCGAGUACCACGGAAUGCCUAUUUACGAGUCUCUCGCCGGUUUGAGAUCGAGCAAUGGCGUAACCAACACCUUGGCCACCGACGGCGCCGAAAAGUACGAUUUCACAGUCCAGAACGACGGAACCGCCGUGACGAUCAAGACGAAGAUCGUAACAGCAAAGAUCAUCAACACUCUGAUUGAUAAGCAGCCAUUGGCAAUCCACGAACUGGAUAAGGUUUUGAUGCCGGUAGAGCUCUUCAAAUCAGCUCUGCCGCCGGCUCCUGCUCCUGCUCCGCGCGCGGCUUCUCCGAAGGCGCACAACACUCCGCCUUCACCAUCCUCUCCGGCGGAUUCGCCAGCCGAUGGUCCUGACGGAGAUGCGGCGGAUCAAAAUUCAGACGGUAACGGCGCCGUUAAAUAUAACGCCGGGAGGUUUGGUGCCGUUAUUUUGAGUAUCUGGCUUGUGUUAUCAAAGCUGUGAUUUUUAUUUAUUUCCUUUCCAUGAAGUUUUUCUUUAUUUAAUGUAUGUUUCUUGAAGCAAAAAAAGAAGUUGAUUUCGUAAAUUUUAGGAUGAAUCUGAUGAUUUAUUGAGAGUGCUUUGGCGAUAUGUUGUAAUAGCUAGGAAUUAAUUGUGUUUGGAUUUGUUAAGUCAUGACUGAAUUUAAACUUGUUACAUGUGUAUAUGCUGUAUGAUUUGUGGUUUUAUUAAUGAU